UUGAGCGAGAAGUGGGAGAGUGACUGUCAAAGCUGUCGUGUGAAUAUGUCUGAGCCUAUUAGAGUUCUGGUGACCGGCGCUGCUGGGCAGAUUGCCUAUUCCCUGUUGUUCAGCAUUGCCAAGGGAGAUGUCUUUGGCAAAGAUCAGCCACUCAUUUUGCUCCUUCUGGACAUUGCGCCCAUGUUGCCAGUCCUGGAGGGUGUUGUCAUGGAGCUGCAGGACUGUGCUCUCCCACUUCUGAGAGAGAUUGUCCCCACUGACAAGGAGGAAGUGGCCUUCAAGGACCUGGACGCAGCCAUCUUGGUGGGCUCCAUGCCGAGGAAGGAGGGCAUGGAGAGGAGGGACCUGCUCAAAGCCAACGUGUCCAUCUUCAAGAGCCAGGGAGCCGCCCUGGAGAAGUACGCCAAGAAGACCGUUAAAGUGCUGGUUGUGGGAAACCCUGCCAACACAAACUGUCUGGUUACAGCCAAGUCUGCUCCCUCCAUCCCCAAAGAGAACUUCUCCUGCCUCACCCGUCUGGACCACAACAGGGCUCGCUCUCAGGUGGCGAUGCGCUGUGGCGUUCCUGCCACCCAUGUGAGGAAUGUGAUCAUCUGGGGCAACCACUCGUCCACCCAGUACCCAGAUGUGCACCACUGCUUGGUCAACAUGUCUGGUAGCGAGCUCGCCUGCUUUGAUGCAGUCAAGGAUGAUGCCUGGCUUAAAGGAGAUUUCAUCGCUACAGUGCAGCAGAGAGGCGCUGCAGUCAUCAAGGCCAGGAAGCUGUCCAGCGCCAUGUCUGCAGCCAAGGCCAUCUGUGACCACAUGAGAGACAUCUGGUCAGGCACCCCUGAGGGUGACUUCAUCUCCAUGGGUGUUUACUCCUCUGGCAACUCCUAUGGAGUCCCAGACGACCUCAUCUACUCAUUCCCUGUCCAGAUCAAGGACAAGACCUGGAAGAUUGUAGAGGGCCUGGCCAUCAACAGCUUUUCCCAAUCCAAGAUGGACGCCACAGCAGCAGAGCUGAUAGAGGAAAGAGACACAGCUGUGGCUUUCCUGGAGGCAUGACUAGACCCUUCAAUGCCACCCAACCACUUAGACAGCCCCAUAACUCCAGACGCACGCCUGUGACAAAGCACUCCAACAACCCCUGCAUUACUCUGUGUGUGUGUGUGUGUGUGUGUGUGUGUGUGUGUGUGUGUGUGUGUGAUUAUGAGUGUAAAGUCGGGUUUGUACUUGGGAAGCUACGGUGUAGAAAUGAGCCCGUGCAAGCUUGGGUUGCUUGUGUUUUCUUUCACAAAUUUUCGAUACAAAUGGAGGUUGUUAGAUAGUGAAGAUAACAUCGUGCAAAUUAAAGAAACAUUCAGUAAUUGUCUACUUUGCACUCUGCAUUUCUUGUGAUCUGGCAAAGCCAUUUGCACUAUAACCCUUCUACUUGUUUGAUUUGUGCAAACACAAAGUGGAAAAAACAAGGUAGCCAGGUUUACUGUGGCUAUAAGUGAUUGCUCGGAAUUAGUCUCCUUUUCAGUAUCCCAGUCUCCCAGUACAGACACCUACAGCGGUGCUGCUGUACACCAACACAUGAUGUAUGUCUUCACCUUAAGUAUGCAGUAUAUUUCGAAAGUACACCAAAUGUGUUACCAGCUUUUUUCCAAAAAACUCUCUCUGGGGGUAUGUGAAACAUGGAUGGUUGUUACAGAUAGUCAGUGAUGCAUUAAGCCCUCAAACACUGGAACUGAUAACUUUUAAAGCUGAAACAAUUAAA